AUGGUUGGAAUUGAUAUGCGCGGCUUGACCCCGGCUCCGGUCACCCCCUUCACGAAGGAUGGCGCCGUUGACUACGAAGCCAUCCAGCGCCUUGGCUCCUGGCUCGGCAGCAUCGAUGGAGUGAAGGGCCUCGUGGUGCUGGGUCACGCUGGCGAAGGCACGUUUCUUACGACCGAGGAGCAAGUCUCCGUGAUCAAAGCAUUCGUCAAAUCGGUUGAGAACAAAGUCCCAAUAAUCGCUGGCAUCACCAGUGAAGGCACCGAAGUUGCCGCUCUUGAGGCCCAGCGGGCCAAAGAAGCUGGAGCCGCGGCAGGACUCCUGUAUCCGUCCCACGGCUGGUUGCGCUUCGGAUAUCAGCCUGGUGCCCCUCAAGCUCGGUACCGCCGGGUGUAUGAAGUCUCUGGCCUGCCCCUGAUUCUAUUUCAAUAUCCCGACAACACAAAGGCUACCUACAACUUGCAAACCAUGCUGGAUAUCGCCGCCCAGCCCGGAUGCUUUGCCAUGAAGAACGGCGUGCGCAAUAUGCGCCGAUGGGAUACCGAAAUUCCCGUCAUCCGCGCUCAACGGCCAGACCUGCAGAUCCUGUCUUGCCACGACGAAUACCUUUUGCACACCUCGUUCGAUGUUGACGGCUUCUUGGUAGGUUACGGAAACAUCGCUCCCGAGCCUCUCAUCGAGCUCAUCAAGGCCGGAAAGGCCAAGGACUACAAGAAGGCACGAGAGAUCCAUGAUCAGCUCUUGCCUAUCACCAAGAGCGUGUAUCACCGGGGAUCACACAUGGAGGGAACUGUUGCACUGAAACAUGCGCUUGUUGCUCGCGGAAUCCUGGAACACGCUACUGUUCGCCCGCCUCUUUUGCCCCUUGAGCCUAGUGCGGAGCAAGAAAUCCAUGCUGCUAUCAACGCCGCAUCACUCAGUAAGGUGGUCCUAUGA